AUCCUGUGACGUCAUCUAGCAAAACAAAUUUGGUAACUGCAGUGAGAGUUGGAGGAUACCACUCUUCUAAUUUCGCUUGCCCAGGACCAAACGGAUGACUUUUCUGGAGAGUUUUCCCUAUAGAGUGAAGCUGAGCAAUACUGGCAUCGUCGUCAGAAUCAGAAGACGGUGGAACUUCACCCCCACCGCGUAAAAAGCAGCGAGUCUCGGCCACUACCAUGCAAUCGAAUGGCUGUCCCCAACACAAUGGAGAGUCGAGCGUUGCGACGUCAUCUCAACAAAACGGCUCUUGUUCCACGUUCGCAAAUGGCGAUUUUCAUAUCAAAUCCCCUCCACGAAAGCCCAUGUGUCAAACUGACCAAGAUAUUGUGCGGUUGAUCGUCCAGCAUUUGAGAGGACUAGGUUUGAAUCAAACAGCAGAGCAGCUUCUUUCUGAGUCAGGAUGCAUGUUGGAACACCCUGCAGCAGCCAAACUUAGGUCACAUGUUAUGGAGGGAGAUUGGACAAAGGCUGAACAGGAUUUGGAGGAGUUAAAAGGAUUGAUAGAAUGCUCACAAGGAUCCUUGAAAAUGCAAUUUUUGAUCCUGGAGCAGAAGUAUUUGGAACUGUUAGAGGAUGGAAGAGAAAUUGAUGCCUUGCAUUGUCUGCGAUAUGAACUUACUCCUCUGAAGUUCAACACAGAACGUGUCCAUCAGUUAAGCACGUUUAUGAUGUGCUGCAAUUCUGAAGAUUUACGUGAAACAGCAGAGUGGGAUGGCAAAGGAGUGGAAUCUCGCAGCAGACUGGUAGAGAAGCUGCAGACCUUUCUGCCUCCAUCUGUGAUGUUGCCUCCCCGCCGACUUAUGACCCUCCUAAAUCAGGCAGUGGAACAACAGAAAGAGAAAUGUCCCUUCCAUAACACCAAGUUUGACAGUAAUCUGGAGGCUGUCUCUCUACUCAUAGAUCACAUGUGCAGCAGAGAGCAGUUUCCUUCAGUCACUUUACAGACACUGAAUGAUCACUGUGAUGAAGUCUGGUUCUGUCGGUUCUCACCAGACGGUACCAAGCUGGCUACAGGCUCAAAAGACGGCUCUCUCAUUAUAUGGAGUAUUGAUUUUUCAACAUAUGAGUUGAGGAAUAAGAAGACAUUUGAGAACCAUGCCUAUGGAGUGUCUUACAUUGCUUGGAGCCCAGAUGGCACACAUAUUAUUGCCUGUGGUCCAGAUGAUUGCUCUGAUCUUUGGCUGUGGAAUGCUGAGACAGGUGAUCUUAGAGUGAAGAUGAGCCAGUCUCCAGAGGACAGUUUAACUACAGCAUCCUGGCAUACAGACAGUAAGAAGUUUGUGACUGGUGGAAUUAGGGGCCAAUUUUACCAGUGUGAUCUAGAUGGCAAUGUGUUAGAUUCGUGGGAAGGAGUCCGUGUACAGUGUAUUGCCUGUCAGAAUGAUGGGAAAACAAUCUUAGCUGCUGACACCCAUCACCGUGUCCGUGGAUACAACUUUGAUGAACUUGCAGACUUCAAUGUAAUACAAGAGGAUCAUCCAGUCAUGUCUUUCACAUUAAAUGAUACAGGAAGAUUAAUUUUACUCAAUGUAGCUACUCAGGGAAUCCAUUUAUGGGACUUAAAUAAUAGGUGCUUAGUGAGGAAAUUUCAAGGGGUUACACAAGGAUUUUACACAAUACAUUCUUGCUUUGGAGGACUUAAUCAAGAUUUCAUUGCUAGUGGAAGUGAAGAUCACAAAGUGUAUGUAUGGCACCUACAUAAAGAAGAACCCAUUGCAGUCCUGGAGGGUCAUGCAAGGACAGUUAACUGUGUUCACUGGAAUCCCAAACUGCCCGGCAUGCUGGCUAGUGCCUCAGAUGACGGCACAGUCAGGGUUUGGGGGCCUGCAGAACGACAAGGAAAUGGAUGUGAAUCAGGCAGGAGUACUCCAGUAUAACAAAGGCUGAAACAUAAGGAUUCCAAGUCUAUACCAGGAUCUCACUGCCAUAAUGUGUUGCUGGAACACUAGUGAUAAUGAAACCUUGCCGCCCCAGGUCAUCUAAGAGUUUGAAGAUGACCACAAAUACAAAGGGAAUUUUGAUCUUGCACAGAAUGGCUACUUAGGAAUUGUGACAAAACACCUUAAAAGAUUGCUAACAAUGAAUAAAAAAGUAAUGGUAGAAGAAAGAUAGCUAAGACUGUCAAAGAAUUUUUUGGAAAUGAUAGUUUGAAGGAAAGUUGAUAAUGAUAUUUUGUUUUGGUUUUCCAUUUGCUGAGCUGUGGAAAAUCUUUUUACCAUGCACAGCUUGUAAUGUUGUAUUUCUUAAUCAAGUCAGUUUGUAAUUAGUUAUCAAUCAUGCUCAAAUAUCUGUUUUGAAAUUUAGAUGAAAGGAAAUAGAUCAAGUUUAGAUGAUACUGUGCAUGAUCAAUGAAAAGGUCUGAAUCAUUGAUAUUAUAUCAACAAACGUCCUAAAAGGUUUCUGAUGUAACACAUACCGAAUUCAUUCCUAGAACGAUAUGGCAAAUAUUUUGUCAGUAUUCAUCAAGUUUACAUCACAAUAUCAUGAUAAAAGAUUAUAUGUAAUGAAAUUGUAAACUCUGUAUGGUUAAUUAUGUUUUUGAACUGCUUACUUUAACAGUACAAAGUAUCUCUUCUUUAAACUUUGAUACAUGAAAUGAAAACUUUUGUUCUAGUCAAAAUAUGGAUAAUUAUAAUGCACUGUGUUUCAAUCUUGGUAGGUAAAUUGUUGCAAUCUUUAAUCAGAAUAUGACUGAAGUCCUUCCAUCUCAAAAAUAUUCCUCCAGAAAUGCUAUCUUUUGCUUGCUUGUCAAGUAGUACAAUCUUCAGACACCAUAUAGUGUCAGCAAAGCUGUUUCAGUAGUAUCACCAGUAAUGUGCAUCAUUUCAUCUCUGUUUUGGUUGAAUUUGUUGGUGAGUCAUACCAGAUUGAUAUUUGAAGAAAGAAGUUAUGUAAUUAUCAUAUUCAUGAUCUAUCCAUUUGUUGAAGUGCAUUAUUAGCCAUCUUCUACAGUCAAUUUUGGAAUUAUGGUAAACUUUUCAUGAAGCAAACAAAUUGUGUAGAUAUGGUGGUAUGCUCAGUCUAUGGAUUGAAAAAUUUAGACACCAUGCUGCUGUAUCAGUGCCAUAUACCAGAGAGAGUUUUUAGCUUAAGUUUCUGUGUAUAACAUUUACCAUUAUUUAAAACUAUUGUGUGGUAUCAGGAGCUACAGACACACAGAUACUCUGUGAUUUCUUUUUGCUAUGUCUUUCAUCUUACCAAAUUUUGUCCACAGAUUAAUGCAUGUAGAAAUCAUUAUGAUGAUAUGGAGUGUAAUAUUAAGUGUGCACUUGGGCAUUGAUUCAGAUUGAAAUGCAACUUUAAAGGACAGAGGGUCGAAAUGCUUCAAAAAGUAUAGGUCACUGUGACCUAAAUUCAUGAAAGCUAUAGGCCAUUAGUAUUUAUGAAGUAUUUAGCAAAAUAAACACCAAAAAUCUAACAUUGACUUCUUAUUUCCUAAAUAUAUUUCUACCUGAGUAUUUUCCCAACAUUGAAAGAAUAAUCAUUAUUGAAUUCAUAGACACCAUUUCGAUUCAUUCUGAAUAAUAUAAAAAAAGCGCCCCCGCGCCCCCCCCCCCCCCCCCCCCCCCCCCCUGAUGCAAACAUCAUGGGUCAUAAUAUUUUCUCAGUUUUAUGGCGUGGCCAAUGAUUUAAACUGAGCCACUUCAUCUGGAAUUUACACUACCCCAGUACUCUCUUUGUCAUUAUUUAAAGCUUUUCUGUCAUUUGCUGUGUUGUUGGGAGCAAAAUUCCUACACAUAGUAGGGUUUAUUGUCCCGCUCAGACUUUAACCCUCUUCUGUGGUGGUAUGUUGACUCAAAUUUUCACCAGUCGAUGUACACAAAUUUUGAGCGGUCAAAAGUUUUCCUCUCAACCAAUCAAAAUUGUCUUUACAAUCUAUAGUUUUUUUUAGUAUUUUGAUGAACCAAGAAGGAUUAUCAAUUAUUUUCUAUGGCCAGUAAACUCGACAACAAAAAUUGAUAGCCAUUUUGUCUGACAAACCAAUUUUUUUUAAAAGGCCAAUUAUUAGCCUUCCAGUGGACUUUUAGUUGGCCAUUGGCCAUCUGUCGGUGUUUCAUGCCAAUCUGAAUCACUGCUUGGGAAAGAACUGUGUGUACAGAAGUUCAGAACAAUAUAUGACUUGCCUAAAAAUUGUGGGAGAUGUUGAAGAAUUCUAUUUAAAGUUAACUCUUUAAAAAUAUUCAAAUUUUUUGUAGUUGUUGAUCUUAUGAUCCGAAAUUGUUCUGGGAAAGGGAGAUUGACUCUAGAUAUGUGGGGUUUUUCAUCAUGAGUUAUCUACUAAUAUAGUUAAAAGAAUGGGAACAUGUACACUUGAUCUUAAAGGGAUGGAGCGAAAUUCUGCAAAGGAUGUGUGUGGUGAGUGUUGUGAGGGUGAGCAAAUUUUAAUGCAGAUCAAAUGGUGUAAGGAGGGAGUACUGAAGGGGAAUCCAUUCAGUCUAUGUAUGUAUCACAAGAUGCAACAAAUGUUGUAGUGAACCUUUUUAUCUAAUAUUUUACUAUUGUUGUUUUAAAUUGAAUUUACAUGUGUAAUAGAUCGUCAAAUUUUGAGUUGUCUUUAGUUCAUAUAUGUUUGAAGACAAAUUAAUAUAAAAUACAUGUGUGCUGUUGAAUGGUUUUUUUUUUUAAUAGUUUGUGUAUAAUAUGUUUGAUUAGGGUACAUUUUGAACUCUAUUAAUCCCUAUACCACUGCAUGAUACACUGGCUGAUUUCCCCAAAUAAUUUCUCGGGGGUUUCUUUGUACAUAUUUCAGGUAUCUGAAUAACUCUUUAUUCUAUGAUGAUGAACAUGUACACAUUUUAUAUUCUGAUUUGUUACCCCAAACUUCUUGUUUUGAAUGAUGGUAUUAUUAAGUUUACAUGAAUUAUAACAUGUACAUAUAUACUGGCAUCAAAAGGGAAAUGAAAGGACUCAUCAGUGGGUGGCAUCAUGGUGGGGGGAAGGUCAGGGGUCUAUGAUUUUAAGACGAGAGAGUUUAUGUUCAGUGUGAGAAUUCAUAUUUGAUAGCCCUGUAUGUUUUUUUUCUUCUUAAUAAUCAUUCCAUACAUCGAGAUAGUAGUAUUUUCUGUAGCCUUUUGUUUUAUUUGCUGUAGCAUGCAUUAUAUUAUGUAUGUAUAAUUAUGGAUUUUUUUGCACAGUUCGUGUUCAGUGUAUCUGAAGUAUGGGAUUUUUUCUUUUUCAUUUUUUGUAUGUUUUCAUGUAUGUAGAUUUAGUAAUAUAUGAAAUAUAUUUUUUAUGACAAAUACACGUGGGUGGACCCAUGAUUUCCAAACAGAAACCAUGCAUCUUGAAACUAACCGUAAACCAGAUUUAGAAGUACAUGUAUUUUCCUCUAUCAAAACAUAAAUGACAUGUAUUGGUUAUGAAGAUGUCAUAUUGUAUCCUUAUUUUUUCCAAAUAUGAAAAUGAAAAUAAAAUUCAUUAUAACCAAAUUAAACAUUGUUUCACAACCACACACAGCAUAAUUGUAUUUUAAGUUUUCUGAAAGUGCAGUAAGUUAUUGUUUCAUUGGCAAUCUUAAUUCAUUAAUUCUUUAAAUUGGUUCACCUAGUUCUCCUUGUGUAGCAAACCAAAUUGAUAGCAGCAACUUAAUACAAGCAUUGCAGAUCCCCUUGUAUGGUGUCACCAUUGAGGAUUGUGAAAAUGGAAGAAGUAGGAUAUAGUAUUUCAUUUAUCAACUGAUUGAUUUGCCGGUAUGCAUAAAUUAUCACUUUCUUCAUUGUAGUUCACCACCUCAUAUACCUAACGAACUAGACAGUGAUCCCUUAUAUUUAUAUUUGAAAUAAAAAUGAGAAUAUAAAAUUAACAUAUCAAAAAUGCUGCCUAAUAGAAAAUGAAAUACACAUGGCAUUCCAUGUCAGUUUCCAUAUUCCUGCCCACUGAUGUAAUCAGAAGUAGCUGAUUUCCAUCUAAUGAGAAAUUUACAUGCUGAUGUAGUAUAUGGGGAAACUAAUACAUUGAAGCUUCAAAGGGUUUUCACAAAGAAUUACUAAAUAUCUAAUUGACCAAAAGUAUUCUCGUGGAAGUUUAUUCAUGCUUAUUUACCCAUUCAUCAAGAGCAUGGGUGGCAUUUAUAAUAAAGGCAUGGUAUACUUUCAAUAUUGGAGCAUGCUACCAAGGUGAUCUUCCAUGUCUUGUAUGUUGAUGGCUUCAUCUUCCAAUGAAUUCUAGUGUUUUCUCAGCUUCCUCAAAAUGUUGUAAGUGUACGACAGGUAUUAUCAUUUAUGUAAAAGAUUUUUUAUGGUUUGUGAAUGAUAACAUGAUUUUAUUGUCAGGAGUGCAAAUUAUUGGAGUUUUAAUGCCAUCAUUUUAACAGUUUCUUGCCCUCUGAUGACUAAAAUUAUAACUUAAAUCUGAUGGUACAGGCAUUUUUACAGAGACCAAGAAGGCAUUGUAGAAUCAAAAUAGAACAAUCACAAUAUUUCUUGAAACGACAUUGAGAAUUUUCUCCAGUGUCAUUAAAGCUGUAGUUUUUCAGUAUGUACAGACUUCCUUCAAAUAAAACUUACUAUAUUAAUCCACCAAUCUCUGUUUUACGCUUUACAUUAAUGAUGCUUGUAAUCUAAACUUAUGGGCGUUUAGUACUGUUUAUAGAAGGUAGGGUAGACUAUUGUCUUCCAGUUUUGAACUAUGAAUUGUAAAAGUUUACAUCAGCAGAGUGAAAUACACAGGAUUGUACAUUACUCUUUAUUAACAAACACUUGUCAAGUUUUCCUUCAUAGGAAAAUUGUGUUUUUUCCAUAGUUCACCAACAAAUUGUAAUGGAUGUGUACCUAUUGUAGAACUUAACUUUGCAUCAUAGUUUGUACCUUUAAACUAAGUUACUAGAUAUGUAUUGUGUGUGUUGAGGAUUGAAAAUCUUCUGGUAAUUUAUAGGUUACAAGGAGUGAUCAUAAUUUAUAAAUAACCUUACUUAAUUCAAACAUUAAAAAAAUUGCAAUCAUUCAUUAUAUGUGUGACCAAGUUGCAAUUCGUCUGACAUCCAAUAUGAAACAAGCACAGUAUGUACAUCAGUAGCAUGCAUUGUGAUCUUGAGACAGUGUGUGUGUGUGUGUGUGUUUUACAAACGCAAGUUAAGAUUGUAGUUCCCCUUCCCAUGAUUUUAAAAUCACAACAUGAAGAGUACAGCCCUUAGUAUAUUGUGUAACUGAAGAAAAUUAAUGUUUGUCAUGGUUUGACCAAAGAAUUCCGCCAGAAUGAGUGGGUUUAUUUUAAAUGAUAGUCCGGAUUCCGUUCAGCUUUGGUGGUAAAUAACAUAAAACAGAUCAUACUGAGUAUAUUAUGAAUCAGUUUUGUACAAUAAAAGUCAUAUUGAAAUAUG